AUGUCCCAAACAGAAGAAAUCGUCCUUCAGGAAACCCACACCACAACUGCAAAGACAGUCCAGAACCAUGCCACACCACAACCCAGCAAAGCGCAAGCCAUAACAGCCGUGGUAGCCCUAUCCGGCGUCAGCUUCCUAAACACCAUGGGCUCGGGCAUCCUCACCGUCGCCCUCCCCCAAAUGGCCCCCGACCUCGGCCUAAACCACGAGAUCCUGCUGUGGCCAGCAGCAGUAUACGCCCUCGCCGCCGGGUGCACACUCCUCAUAUUCGGCGCCGUUGCAGACGUCGUCGGCGAUAAGCGCGUCUGGCUAACAGGGAGUCUCCUCUUUGCAGCUUUCACACUAGCUUGCGGUCUGGCUCAAACCGGUAACCAGCUCAUCGCCUUCCGGACUCUUCUUGGGAUUGCAGUUUCCAUGUGUCUCCCUUGUGCCGUGAGUCUGAUGACGCGCACUUUCCCACCUGGUAAGGCUCGCAACCUGGGCUUUGCGUCUAUGGGUAUGGGACAGCCGCUGGGGUACUCGGUGGGGUUGAUACUGGGUGGUGUGUUUGCGGAUUCGAUCGGGUGGCGGUUUGGAUACUAUAUCAGUGCUAUCAUCAACGGUUUGCUUUCCGCUCUUGCUUUCUGGUCCCUCCCGCAGGAAAGGCCGAUGUCUGGGUCUGUUCUCCAAGGAUUGAAGAAUAUCGACUGGGUCGGGGCGCCGAUUAUCAGUGUUUCGCUGGCGUUGCUUUCUUUCGUUCUCGCUAAAAUCACGGAGAACUACCACAAUCUACAAGAGACGUACAUCAUCGUUCUCUUCGCGGUAUCCAUCGUCCUCCUACCGACGUUUGUCGUAUGGGUUGGAUGGCAGGAGAAACACGGCCGGCCAGCGCUCAUCCCCAACAGUCUCUGGAAGAGCAAAUUGUUCAGCGCGACCUGCAUUAUCGUCUUCUUUGCCUGGGCAGAGCUCAAUGCCCUGCAGUACUUUACGUCUCUAUACUUCCAAGAAAUCCAGCACCACUCCGCCCUGUCUUCAUCGCUCAUGUUCCUCCCAAUGGUGGUAGCAGGUGCAACAACCAACAUUUUCACCGGGUAUACAGUGGAUAAAAUCUCCGUGGGCCAGUUGGUCUUUGUCUCCGCUGUAAUCAGCACAGUCUCCCCACUGCUUAUGGCACUCAUAAAGCCAAGCUGGGUGUACUGGCGCGGUGCAUUCGUGUCCAUGUUUCUCAGCCCUAUCCACGCAGAUGUACUCUUCACAGUCUCCAACCUGAUAAUAUCCCGCGCCUACCCGGGCGAGAACCAAGCUCUUGCGGGGGCCGUAUUCAACUCCGUCUCGCAGGUUGGAAACUCGGUUGGACUGGCUGUGAGCGCUGCCAUUGCUGCCUCUGUUACGGAACAUUCAGGACAGGAUACGUUGAAAGGGUUCCGGGCGGCGUACUGGCUGAUGUUUGCGGCGAUGGUGGUGGUUUGCGGGUUUAGUUAUUUUGGGUUACGGGGUGGAGGGUUUGUAGGGAAGAAGAAUGAGUAG